CUUCCCCCUCUUCCCUGCCCCCAUAUCUCCCACUUACUCUUCCCCCUGCUGCCCCUCAGCUAUGGAAGCCGCCGCGCCGCCUCCCGCAUCGCAACCAGCUCCGACCUCGGUCUCGCUGCGUCCCGGUGGUGGCAAGUCCCUCUCCUUCCGCCCCCACAGUGCCCCCUUCCAGAAUGGUUCGAGGGGUGCGUUUUCGGACGACCCUGCGGCCCUUAACCCUAACGUAGCCACCACCAAGUUCGUGCUGCGGGAGCGGCCCGUCAGGAGCUACCAUGAGAGGAUUCGAUACUCUAGGGAUCGUUUGCUGGAGUUUCGCGAUGCCUGUACGCAGGCGCCGGAACAGCUUGUGAACUCGGGAAUCAGUAGUUUGACCGCCAGCCCCGAGGUUGAGGAUGAUUGGACCAGGAGGGAGCCGAGGGAUUUGCCGCAACCGCCUGUUGCUAGAGUUGCAGAGUCUGAUGAUAGGGAUUGGAAGGCCCGGGCUCCGCUCCCUCCAUCUGCACCAGUGCAAGAGGAAAGAUCCUCGUCUCGCGAACAGCAAAGGGACAGGAACCCUAAGCACCGCAAUGACAGAAAUGACAGGAGCGAUUUCAAUGAUAGAAAUGACAAUCGGGGUGCUCGCGAGCAGACAAAUUCUUCCCAGGGCCAGCGUCAGCAGGAGAACGCACCCUCGGGGCCUCUUCCUGCAAUUGUCAAGGCCGCCAAUCCGUGGUCGGCUCGAAGGGGAGCCCAGUCCGAAAAGGAGAAGGUUUACCGGACGGUGAAGGGCAUUUUGAACAAGCUGACGCCCGAGAAGUACGAUGUGUUGGCGGAGCAGAUGAUGGAGGCCGGAAUCAGCUCGGCUGAGAUAUUGCAGGGCGUGAUUUCGCUGAUCUUCGACAAAGCAGUGUUGGAGCCGACGUUCUGCGCCAUGUACGCGCGGCUGUGCGAGCAGUUGAGCAAGGAGCUGCCGGAGUUUCCGAGCGAACAGGCCGGGGACAAGCCGAUAACGUUCAGGCGAGUGCUGCUGAACACGUGCCAGGAGGAGUUCGAAGGCGCGGACGCGAUGCGCGAGGAGAUUAAGAAGAUGACGAAGGCGGAGCAGGCAGUGGAGCGCGCGGAGAAGGAGAAGAAGGUGAAGCUGCGGACUUUGGGGAACAUCAAGCUGAUUGGUGAGCUGUUCAAGCAGAAGAUGUUGCCGGAGAAGAUCGUGCACGCUUGCAUCCAGGAGCUGCUGGGGCAGGAUCCGAAGGGAAUACCGGCGGAGGAGAACGUGGAGGCGCUGUGCCACCUGUUCACGACGGUGGGGAAGCAGCUGGAGGAGAGUGCGAAGUCGAGGAUGGCGUUCGACACGUACUUCGCCCGGCUGAGGGUGAUCGGAGACAGCAGGAGCCUGGCGUCUCGAAUCCGGUUCAUGGUGCGCGACAUCCUGGACCUGAGGUCGAACAAGUGGAUGCCGAGGCGAGAGGAGAUGAAGGCGAAGACGAUCAGCGAGAUUCACGCGGAUGCGGAAGCGAAAUUGGGACUACGACCGGGGAUGAUGGCACUUCGAAACGUGAGAGCAGCGAUGCCCGGGUUCAUGCCAGGGGUCGGAGGUAUGAUGCCAGGAAUGCCCGGGAUGCCGGGAAUGCCUGGAGCAGGAGGGGGAAUGCCUGGAAUGCCAGGAGCAGGGGGGGGGAUGCAAGGGGUUCCGACGAUGGGGAGCAUUAUGGGGUCAGGAUUGGAGGCGGACGGGUGGGAGACGGUGAGCGUGGGAAGGAGGAGCAGGAAAGACAGCUCUGGGGUUCUUCCGAUGCCAGGAACAGGGGUUGUCGGUGGCUUAGGUGGUCCGACGGGCGGAUCUAUUCCAGCAGUUGGUAGUCGUCCUGCGAGAUUUUCCUCUUCGACUGUGCGCACUAACUCUGUUGGUCCCAGAGCUCUACCACAGGGCAGCGGUGGGUUCAGUUUCAUCGGCAAGUCAAGCGCGUUGCUCGGAAAUAGUCCUGUCCCAACCAUUGUCCCUGUUCGCCAGAGCGGUCCUGCUGCAGAGCCUCCUAAGCAGGAGGAGUCAUUGAAGGAUCCUGCUCGGGGGCCACCUGCUUCAGCUGAAGCACGUGUGGCUGCAGCCGGGCCUCCGUCUGCAGACUUGGUGAAGAGGUCGGAGUCGCUGCUGAAGGAGUACUUUUCUAUCGUGGAUCUGAACGAGGCACUGCUGUGUGUGCAAGAGUUGAAGAACCCUAGUUUCCAUCCGGAGUUUGUGAGGAUCGCGAUUUCGACUGCGCUGGAGAUGCGAGAGAAGGAGAGUGGGUUAGUGCUGAAACUGUUGGUGCACUUGCAGUCGAAGGGAGUGGUAUCGAGCGAGGACUUGCGGGGAGGUGUGGUGAUGGUGGCGGAGGGGCUUGAGGACAUGGCGAUGGAUGCGCCAUUGGCCCCGAAGCAGUUGGGAGGCAUGAUAGCAGGUCUGAUUUUGUCAGAAGCGUCGGAGGUUCGGUUGAUGCAGGAAGCUGCAGCGAAGAUAGAGGACGAGUUUCUGCAGAAGGAUGUGUUGAAGGCUGUGGUGAACAAGUUGAAGGAGAACGAGGCGCAGGUGGGUGAGGUGUGUCGGAAGGUUUCGGUGGAUAAGGAGGGACUGUUGAGUGUGACAGUGGAGGGAGACAUUGCGAAGCUUUUAGGUUAAAGCGAAUGUCUGAAUUAUGGUAGAUGUGAUAGACCUGUGCAGAUUUGCCGAUGGACAACGGUUUGAGACUACCUGUUCGCACUGAUAAUCGGAAUCUAUUUCAAUGUAGGCUGAGGCGCACUCUUCUGAAGGUGUCGUGACGUUAGUUUUAUCCUCGUCUCUGUUUCUAUGAGACCCGUGAAUUUUUUCUUAUUGCAGUGAGUCACAUCAAUAUUGGUGUGCAAUUGAGAUUUAUUCUGGCUUUUUCAGAUUUUUGUCUCUUUUUCGAUGAAUUUUCUCUCUGGAUUCGGGAAUGCCUCUUAGAGUGCUGACUUAAGAGUACUAAGUCAUAUUUCGUCAUAUUAGCGAAUGAGGCUGCAGACUAAGCGUACUCAAGGCAUUGUUUCAAUAGAAAUGAUUUCUCUCUGGAGUAUGCA